CACUGCCCAGGAUUCACUGAGUGUGGACAGGACAGCGUCUUUGGAAGGCCAGCUGUACUGGAGUUCUGCCUCGGCAUGGGCCUUGCCAUCGAGCCAGCCCCGUGGUCUGUGCUGGUCUGAGGGUGCUGCCUGUCAUGGGGGCAGCCAUCUCCCAGGGGGCCCUCAUUGCCAUCGUCUGCAACGGCCUCGUAGGCUUCUUGCUGCUGCUGCUCUGGGUCAUUCUCUGCUGGGCCUGCCAUUCCCGCUCUGCGGACAUCGACUCUCUCUCCGAAUCCAGUCCCAACUCCAGCCCCGGCCCCUGUCCUGAGAAGGCACCCCCGCCCCAGAAGCCCAGCCAUGAAGGCAGCUACCUGCUGCAGCCCUGAAGGCCCCUCACCUCGCCUGGAGUCUGGGGCCUAAGUCUGCCCCAUCCAGAGCCUGGAAUCGGGAUCCCAGGGUCUAGCCAGCCUGGGGUCCAGAACCCA